UUUGGAAGAACCGCUACUUAUGGAACGGAUAUUGAUAAAAUGUUCAGUGACGUAAGGAGCAUAUCUACCGAUGAACUGACGACUACAGGAAAUGCGUCGCUGAGUGGGAAUUUCGGCGUCAAUGAUCACACCGAACAAUCGGUCCCAUCGUUUUUGCGAACACCUUCGGAAAUGGACGUCAGUGGCUCCAUGUGUUCCGUGGCGUUCCAUCUCGCGAGUCCACAGUCAUCCGUGAACAAUAGCAUUGUAUCAGAAAUGACAACACCAAAAAUGCUUGGACUACCUAAGAAAGGACCUAGUAGCUCUGGUGGGAAUCGGCACCCAUCUCGCAUGACUCCCACUGGACUAGACGCUCAAAAUCCCUAUGCAGAAGUGUUCAGUCGUUCAUCGUCUCUUCAAAAGUACAGUAACCGUACCCCUACGAUGAAGGCUAAUGCAUUCUCUGGUAUACGUUCCUCAUUAGCUGGCCUUUCCUCGAAAUCGCCAACGACACCAGGAUACGUUACAACGGAUUCCAUCAUUCCUCGGGUGAAUGCUCCAUCAUCCAUGGCACGGAAUAACUUUUGA